AUGGAAACGGUGAAUAGGGUUGAAUACAGGGUCCGGGACCUCAACACUCGCUCUGUCAUUCUGUUCCCCAAGCAGGCACAAGUCGUCAGAGAGAUGACAGCCGUUAACCUCAAGCCCGGGACGAAUGAAGUUACCGUCAUUGGACUCAGCCCUACGAUUGAGCAAGACUCCAUCAAAGUCGAAAGCAAUGGCUCUUCCGCCAUCAUCACAAACAUUGCCGUGAAAUCCUCGCCUAACCCCGACAUCUUUGAAGAGAUCUAUCCCGAGUUAGGCAGAAACCAGUCGGAUUGCGAUGGCGACAAUGAGUCUGAGUCUGAUUCCGACUUCAAUUCGGGCCAAGAGCAGAGCCCUGAAGUGUCUGACGUCCAGCGUAGACUACGAGAAAUUCGGGACGAGCUUGAAAUGGCCACUGAGAGUGUAGACAGUGCCACCAGCUGUCUUGAUCUUCUGGAAUCAUAUGCUACCGCACAGCGCGAAAAUUUCAGUACACCGUAUCUCGGUGAGGAAGUAGAAACGUACGAAAGUUUACGUCAUCAGCUUUUCGUCGAGCGCGUUAAGAGGGAGAAGGUUCGGAGCGGACUGAGAGAACAACUUGACAAGCUACAGCGCCAACAAGUCAAAGAAAAGGCGAAAGAACAAAAGGCUAAAAAAAAGGUUCGCCAAGAACGUGAACAGAAAAAAUCUCUCAAGCGCAAGCGUGACCAGGAAAGGCACGAGGAGCAAGGUCGCGUUCGCCGAGAACGUGAGAACUUUUGGCCGCGGUAUUGCUACUCUGUGUGCAUCACAAUUGAAUACGACUGCAAUACUCAACCAUUUUCCAGAAGCAUUAGCGAAGCGGAUACCAUGCAAGCAUCGUCGCCGAUGUCGACGGAGGCGGAUACGGUCGCUCCCAGCUCUAUAUGCGACUUGGCUCUUUCGUAUGUCACCAGCUCUGCGGGAUGGGCGCCUAUUUACGACUUGCAGCUGUCUACAACAGAUUCAACUGCUAUCCUAUUCUUCAAUGCCCAGCUGAUAAAUACCACGUCUGAAACAUGGUCCAACUGUAAAGUUGUCUUGUCGUCAGCCACACAGGCCUUAUUUGGUGGGCUAGACAACGUCACCCCGACACUCAAGACGUGGAAGAUCAAACUCUCCCCCAAAGGGUCAAGCGACAAACAAAAUCAGCUACUCACGGAUCUUGCGAAAUCCAGACAGUACAUUGAUUGGAUGGCAUUCAAGAAAAGCAAUAUCGUGAACAAGCCUCGCGGGGAAAUGUUUAUGAACGCUGAUCUCCACAACAGCGCACUCGGCGAGUUUGAGGAAUCACUUAUCGCAGAGACUGGCUCGGCCACCUCAUAUGAUUUCCCGGACUUAAAGACCCUUCUGCCCAGAUCUACUUCAUCUAAGCAUCGGAUGGCUCGCCUCACUCUCCCCGACGUCAAGUUCAGCUACAUAGCCGUUGCCAAAUAUAGAGCAGGAGCGAAUCUGAAGGCCACAAUUAUGAAUACGAGUAAAAAUGCUUUUCUUCAAGGUCCUGUCGGGCUUACUCUCGACGGGAGGUUCCUAGGCCACACGGUGUUGCCCCAUUGCAGCGCUGGUUGCGUUUUUAGCUUGGACCUCGGCGUCGACCCUGCCAUCAAGAUGAUCUAUGCUUUAGCUGGCAAGCCUGUGCCCAUCUUGGUGAGGGAUCAGAUUCCUGUAUCGGAAGACGAUCGCCUUACAGUCAAGGUCUAUGGCUACAAUCGAAAGGCUUAA